AUGGCAUCCAUAACAGAGAUAUACAACGCCAACCCAAUCAUCGCCGCUUCCGUCAACACCGCGCGCACAAAACCAAUCAGACACGAAACCCGCUACCUAUGGUCUGAUGACCCGGACUCCAAGGGGCCUUUGUCCGGAUUAGCAGGCUCGAGGGAAGAGAGCGACGAAGAUUCAGAAGAGGGGGAGGAGAUCGACAAUAUCGAGAUUUUUGAACUGCUCAGAGGGAUAUACGACCCCGAGCACCCGCUCACGCUCGAGCAGUUGCAAGUCGUCAACCCUUCGCAUAUCUUUAUCCGCCCUCCUAACCCUCCCUCCCCGGGGGCGGCAACGAAUGUUCUGGUAGAGUUUACACCCACGGUACCGCAUUGUGGGAUGUCGACUAUCAUUGGGCUGGCACUGAGGGUGAGGUUGUUGAGAGCGCUACCGGAGAGGAUGAAGGUUGAUAUCAGGGUGAGGAAGGGGUCGCAUCAGAGUGAGAAUGCUCUGAAUAAGCAACUGAACGAUAAGGAGCGUGUGGCAGCUGCGCUGGAGAACACUGCGCUCCUAGAAGUGGUGGAGAAGUGUCUUGCAGGAGAGCAGCCAACGCUCAUCUGAUUUCUCUCUUUUGCUAUAGACAGCCAUGUCGUUGGAUCUGUGGAUGUGACAGUGUAUCACCAAUAUACCGGAUUGGCAUUUUGUACAACCAGCAAACUAAGUAACAAUGCAAGACGAGGUUCUACAAGGGGAAAAAUUACAGUAUCAAGAUUGAACAAGGGUCAAGAACGUCCAUGCACAUCAACUCAUUCAUCCAUAACCCAAUAUGAUCCCCAAGGGCAGAUGAACCUCCACAAACCGCACCCCAAUUGGGGCUCAUGCUUUUCCUCCUGCUCUUCCUUCUCGGCUGCUGCUUCCCAGUACCCGACAGUGACGGUACCAUUCGUGCUCUCGCAGUACGCAACAUCACCCAUCCAGUCCUUCGCCUCGUCCUCGUCGUACGCAUCCCCGACCCAGUACUUGCGGACGCCCCCUUCGUCAGAGAUGAGCGCAGCAUGCUCUGCUAGCGAGGGGAGGAGAGCAACCGCGCCGUUUUGAUGCACGAUGGUAAGGGGUCCUUCGAAGUCAAGUGGGAUGAGACAGUGGACGGUGCCGUUGUGCGUCUUGGCGAGGAUGUUGACAGGCACGGGGGAUUCGCGCUCCACCACUCCUAGCCGGACAACGCCAUUGUGGCUGAUAGCCUCAAGCUCACACCUUUUCGCCUCCCCCUUGAUCCAUACGUUGGCGUCAAUAAGGCCGUUGUGGCUCUCCAGGCUGAGGUUCUUCCCCUGCCCUCCAGGUAUAGAGAGGUCGAUGAGGAACGAGCCGUGGAUAGGGAUGUUGUCCCUCCGGAUAUGGAUGUGAUUUUGACCUGGGAGGGGAGGAGCGGACAUUGCAGGUGCUGCGCCAGGUACGGCGGUGGGGGAGUACGGAGGAGGCGGGAUGGAUGUUGCGGAUUUGUUGUCGGGGAGCAGCAUUGUUGGGAAUGGAUGUGGGAGAGAG